AUGCAACCUCAGCAGAAUUUUAGCAGCUCAAAAAUUGAGGAUUUGAUGCAGCAAGUGCUACAACAGCAACAGCAAAUGAUGCAACAGCAGCAACAUCAGCAGAGGAUUGAUACAACAUUGCAAAACAUUGAAAGGCAGAUUAGGCAGCUUGCUAGCAACAUUAAUCAGAUGCAAAAUCAAGGAUCUGGGCAAUUACCUUCACAACCGACUCCAAAUCCUAAAGGAAAUGUGAGUGCAUUAACUCUUCGAAGUGGCAAAACAAUUUCAGACCCAAAUUCGAAUUUUUCAGCUAGAUCACAGCAAGUCAUAUCCAGGACAGCUUCAUAUUUGACUUCACAGAAAUUGCAGAAUUUUCCAGCAAAUUCAGAGCGACCAGAUUCUGCACAGCAUGGGAUUACUGGAGCUGAUCAGCAACAUUUCAAUCAACCUGCAACUUCAGAUUAUGAUCAAAUUGAUGGAGCAGAUUUCGGCUUGGAUUUUACUCCAACAGCAGCUCCAAAUUCAACUCAAAAUUCAGCACAGAACUUGGGAAAUUCUGGGCAGAAUCUGGACAGAACUUUUAACCAGCAAGAAGCCGAGCAUUCCACUCCAUUACCUUUCCCUCAAAGAAGUGUACAACCAAGAAAAGAAAUGGAGGAAGAAAAGGCUAGGGAAUAUCAAGAAUUGGUGAAAUUAUUCAGCAAGGUUGAAAUGAAUGUGCCUUUGCUUACCAUGAUUAAGCAAAUUCCAAAAUAUGCCAAAUUCCUAAAGGAUCUUUGUGUGCACAAAAAGAAAUUAAAGGGGAAUGAAUUGAUAAGUAUGGGAAAGAAUGUCUCAGCAUUACUUCAGCCAGUUCCUCAGAAGUGUGAAGAUCCAGGAGUUUUUACCGUGCCUUGUGUUAUAGGAGAUUGUAUUUUUGAGGAUGCGAUGUUAGAUCUUGGAGCUUCUAUUAAUGUGAUGCCUAAAUCAGUUUUUCAGUCGUUAAGAAUUGGACCUUUGCAGCCUACAGGUGUAGUGAUUCAGUUGGCCAAUAGAAGUCAAGCACACCCAGCUGGAGUGAUAGAAGAUGUAUUGGUAAAAGUGAGGGAGUUAAUUUUUCCUGCAUAUUUUUACAUCUUAGACAUGGAGGGUGAUGUGCUUGCAAACAGGGCUCCGCUUAUUCUUGGACGUCCAUUCUUGAAGACUGCUAGAACAAAGAUUGAUGUGCAUGCUGGAACUCUUUCUAUGGAGAUAGGAGACACAGUGGUUAGAUUCAGCAUUUUUGAGGCUAUGAAGCAUCCUAGAGAGGAUCAUUCUAUACUUAGCGUUGAUAUCUCAGAGGAGUUGGAUGGUAUGGAGUUCUUGUCAGAUAUUGAUUCAGACUUAGAGGUUUCUGAUUUUGAUCAAGAGAAUGAAUUUGUUUCUUUGUUGGAGGAUAUUUUAGAGGUGGAAGAAAGUGGAAGCACGAGUGAAUGUGUAGGGGAUUGCUUAGGAGAAGCAUUACCCCUAGGAUCGCUCAGAGAGGAAGAGGUAUGCGUAGGGGAUUGCUUAGGAGAAGCUCUACCCCUAGGAUCGCCUACAGUUGACCCGACACAAGAGGAAUUGAAGCCAUUGCCUCAGUAUUUGAAGUAUGGCUAUUUGGGUGAGAAUCAGCAGCUACCUGUCAUCAUAGCUCAGAAUUUGGAACCGGAUCAGGAGGAACGAUUGUUAGAGAUUCUGAGACAACAUAAGAAGGCAAUUGGAUGGACUCUGGCAGACAUUCCUGGGAUCAGUCCUUCCAUUUGUAUGCAUAAGAUUCACUUAGAGGAGGAUGUGAGGCCAGUGAGACAGCCACAGAGACGACUAAACCCAUUGAUUUUGGAUGUUGUAAAGAAGGAGGUGACUAGACUUCUUCAGGCUGACAUCAUUUAUCCGAUUUCUGACAGUAAAUGGGUCAGUCCCAUCCAUGUGGUUCCGAAGAAGUCAGGGGUGGCAGUGGUAGCUAAUGAAGAGAACGAACUGGUGCCCACGAGAGUAAAGAAUUCCUGGAGAGUAUGUGUGGACUAUAGGAAGCUGAACCAAGCAAGCCGAAAGGAUCAUUAUCCACUUCCUUUUAUUGAUCAGAUGUUGGAGAGAUUGGCAGGUAAAUCACAUUAUUGUUUUCUUGAUGGGUAUACUGGUUAUUUUCAUAUUUGCAUCGACCCAGAGGACCAGGAGAAGACUACUUUCACCUGCCCUUUCGGUACAUUCGCAUAUCGUAGGAUGCCAUUUGGAUUGUGCAACGCUCCAGGUACUUUUCAGCGAUGCAUGGUGAGUAUUUUUGGUGAUUUAUUAGAGCAUUGCAUGGAAGUAUUCAUGGAUGAUUUUUCUGUUUAUGGCUCUUCUUUUGAUGCAUGUUUGGAAAACUUGUCUCGAGUUUUAAGUAGAUGUAUCGACACGGAUUUGGUUUUAAAUUUUGAAAAGUGUCAUUUUAUGGUAGAGCAUGGCAUUGUUUUAGGUCAUAUAGUCUCUAGGAAAGGCAUUGAAGUAGAUCCUGCUAAAGUUAGCGCUAUAUCUUCUUUAUCUUACCCUGCAUGCGUGCGGGAGGUUCGAGCUUUUCUUGGUCAUGCAGGAUUCUACAGGAGAUUUAUUAGAGACUUCAGUAAGAUUGCUCUGCCAUUAUCUCAGCUACUUCAGAAGGAUGUCAUUUUUGAUUUUGAUCAGAGGUGUAUGGAGGCUUUUGACAGAUUGAAGGAGGCUCUUACUUCAGCACCCAUCAUCAGACCCCCAGACUGGUCCUUACCUUUUGAGUUGAUGUGUGAUGCUUCAGAUUAUGCAGUGGGAGCUGUACUAGCACAGAGAGUGGAUGGAGCACCACAUGUUAUUUGCUAUGCUUCCAAGACUUUGGACUCAGCUCAAGCAAACUACACAACAACAGAAAAAGAGCUUCUUUCUAUUGUUUUUGCUUUAGAUAAGUUCAGAUCAUAUCUUCUUUGUUCUCAUGUGAUUAUUUUUUCUGAUCAUGCAGCUUUGAAGUAUCUCCUCAAGAAGCCUGAUGCAAAGCCUAGAUUAAUCAGAUGGAUGCUUCUGCUUCAAGAAUUCGACGUAGAGAUACGUGAUAGGAGCGGGAAGGAGAACUUGGUUGCAGAUCACUUGAGCAGGAUUGAAGGAGACUUGGACCAUUCGGCCAUUGUUGAUGAUUUCAGGGAUGAGCAGCUUCUACAGUUGCAGGGGUACACAAGGACUCAUGAUUCAAGUGGAGGCUUAGUUCACUCAACCAAAUGGAGUAGUGCAAGGCCACCUUUGGGCUCAAUUAAACUUGGAUUCCAAUGGAUUUCAAGGAGCUUAAACCCAAGCUAGAUCACACAGGAGCCUUACACCAACUUAGGGUUCAAUGAGCCAAAACCCUAGGUAUUUAAAGAACAUUUUGGCACGGUGAACAGUGAGCUCGCUACUGUUCAUCGUGCCGUUUCUCUUUCGACGGCGCGAAGCUUGCUCCCUCCCUUCUUCCAGAUCUUCAAGCCAACUUGUCAUCAUCGGCGUGAGUUCCUCAGCUUCCGGCGACCAGCUUCCGACCAUCGGCGCACUUCCAGCAAGUGUUUUUGCAUGCGAGGCACUGUAGCUGCGAGUCGCGAGUUUCAUCUCGGGUUGGAGGUGUUCUUCUGAUUCGAGUUUCCAUUCCUUUACUGGAUUUUUGGCGGUGGUCCUCCAGUGAUUCUGAACCCUUUCCGACCAGUUUCCAUCCUUCGUAGCCCUUCGUCCAGCUUGCGAUUCCAGCGACAGUGAACCCAGCAGCGUGCAACAAAGUACCAAGUCAGAAUCUGAUCUCGCUGGAGUUUUGUGAGCUGAUACAAGUGAAUCUGAGUUCGUUUUGAAGCUUGAGGACACUAGACCGAUUUCUGUUGGAGUGUUCUCUGCAGAUUCUUUGUGUGACGGCAAGGAGGAGACAAGUUUUGGCCGAGAUUUGGGUGUAGGGAUGUUAUGUUUUCUUUGCAGUUUGUUUCUAGCUUAGGUUUUCUUGUUUUUACACUUUGUUUCUGAAUUUGUUAGUUCACAGCUUAGAUUUAUUUUAGUCUUAAUUUCUGCACGAAACUGCUCUGUUUAUUCUUGUUCUUAUGUGUUCUGCUUCGUGUUCUGAUUUGUUCAGUUUGUGCAGCAGAAUUUGCUGUGAUUCUGUUUUCUAUG